AUGAAGUUGGCUCGAUUCCUCAUGAAGCUGUCCCACGAGACUGUGACUAUUGAACUCAAAAACGGCACUCAGGUCGUUGGAACCAUCGCUGGUGUUGACAUUUGCAUGAACACCCAUUUGAAAAAUGUCCGCCUGACUGUCAAAGGACGAGAGCCACAACAACUUGAUGCUCUUUCCAUUAGAGGAAAUAACAUUCGAUACUACAUCUUGCCGGACUCUGUUCCCCUCGAUACCCUCCUGAUUGAUGAUGGACCAAAGGCUCGAGGAGGUGGAUCCACUCGAGACCGAGGACGAGGCCGAGGAAAGCCUUCCCGAGGUGGCGGACGAGGCCGUGGCGGACGAGGUGGUCCACGAGGCCGAGGAGGCCCCCGACAUCGACGAUAA